AUGGCGUCCUCCGUAUCUGGUCCACUGCCUCUUCCAGAAUCGCGUUUCGAUCUCUCCACGUACUGGGGCCGAGUUCGUCACUGUACUGAGAUCGCAGACCCAUUCAUGCUUCUUACAACGAAAAAAGACCUGAAACAGGCCAAAGAUAUCAUUGCUGCAUACCGUCAUGGUGAACUACAACAUACAACACCCGAGUUCUGGCUUGCCAAGAAACAACUCGAUUCGACGGUUCACCCAGAUACCGGAGAAACCGUGCUUCUACCAUUCCGCAUGUCCUGUUGCGUUCUUUCAAACCUGGUUGUUACCGCCGGUAUGUUGACACCGGGUCUUGGAACUGUGGGAACCAUGUUCUGGCAAUGGGCAAAUCAGUCGCUAAAUGUUGCAAUCAACUCUGCCAACUCUAAUAAAUCGCAUCCAAUGUCUACGCAACAACUCAUUGCCAACUACAGUAUGGCUGUCACUGCGUCCUGUGGUGUUGCUGUUGGCCUCAAUAAGCUUGUUCCACGCUUGAAAAACGUUUCUGCCGGUACAAAACUCGUGCUUGGCCGCCUAGUGCCUUUCGCGGCAGUGGUCAGCGCCGGUAUCAUCAACGUUUUUUUGAUGAGAGGGGACGAAAUCCGUAAAGGUAUUUCAGUGUUCGAUGAAGAGGGCAACGAGGUUGGUAAGUCUAAGAAGGCAGCGUUUUUGGCGGUAGGAGAGACCGCUUUGAGUAGAGUCAUCAAUGCCACUCCCAUCAUGGUCAUUCCACCUUUGCUCCUAGUGAGACUCCAAAGAGGUAUUCUGAAGGGUAAAAAUCUUGGGCUGCAAACUGCUGCCAACCUAGGACUAAUCAUUGGUACUUCUUUCGCAGUCUUGCCCUUUGCAUUAGCUGUUUUCCCCCAGUACCAGUGCAUACACCUCAGCAAGCUGGAAAAAGAGCUAGCGGACAAAAAGGACAAAAAUGGGAAAAUUAUAGACAAAGUUUACUUCAACAGGGGUAUGUAA